GUGAGUAGACAGAAGGAGAAGGACGGAGCGAGAGGUUCUCGAGAUGAGAUACGGCGGCAACGAGGAGGAGGUGGCACGAGCAGUUUCCUGAGUGAGAGAGGCGAUCGUUUUCCGCGCUCGCGAAAAGCGUCACCUUUUUCUUUCACGUUCACCCGAAGAGGGGACGACGCGACGUGACGCGACGCCACGCGCCGCGGUGCCCGGUCGCGAAAAGAAGGACACCACGGAGCAGAAGAUAAAAGGAGGCUGUUGCUGCUGUUGCUGUUGCUAUUGGUAAACAUGUUACGUUCGCGCGGCGACAGCAGCGAGAGGAGAUCGUACGCCGUGCGCCAACCGAAAUCCCGAACUUUCGUCGCUGCCAAAUAAGUCUGCGCGCAGCACGAACAUGGCCUCGUCGACGAGAAGAUCCUGGAAACUCCAGGAAUUUGUCGCCCAUACGCCAAAUGUCAAUUGCUUGGCAUUAGGCCACAAGUCCGGUCGUGUCCUGGUAACUGGUGGCGAGGACAAAAAAGUAAACCUAUGGGCCGUUGGAAAGCAAAAUUGUAUUAUGAGCUUGAGUGGCCACACCACUUCCAUAGAAUGUGUACGCUUUGGUCAAACGGAAGAUCUGGUAUGCGCCGGCUCACAGACGGGUGCGUUGAAGAUUUGGGACCUCGAACAUGCGAAAUUGGCGCGCACGCUGACAGGACACAAAUCCGGAAUACGUUGCAUGGACUUUCAUCCUUAUGGAGAAUUAUUGGCAUCCGGAAGCUUGGACACGGCAAUCAAAUUGUGGGAUAUCCGGAGGAAAGGCUGUAUUUUUACCUAUAAGGGGCACAAUAGAACUGUGAAUAGUCUAAAAUUCAGUCCUGAUGGACAGUGGAUCGCCAGCGCGGGGGAGGAAGGAAUGGUCAAGCUGUGGGACCUAAAGGCCGGUAGACAACUAAGGGAAUUUUCAGAACACAGAGGGCCGGCCAUGACCGUCGAGUUCCAUCCGCAUGAAUUUCUGUUAGCUAGCGGCAGCGCCGACAGAACAGUCCACUUCUGGGACUUGGAGUCGUUUCAGCUCGUAUCUUCCACGGAGCAGAAUUCUUCGGCCAUUAGAUGCUUGUAUUUUAGUCAAGGCGGGGAAUGCCUGUUCGCCGGUAGUCACGACGUCCUAAAGGUUUAUGGCUGGGAGCCGGGCAGAAUUCUAGACACGAUACCGACCGGCUGGGGAAAAGUUCAGGACAUUGCCGUAGCUCAAAAUCAAUUGAUCGGCGCGAGUUUUCACACUGCGAAUGUCGUUUUGUAUGUGUGCGACUUGAAAAAGAUCGCGCCGCUGGGAGGAAUAUCCGCCGUUAGUUCGCCGUUCAGUCACGGGAAUUCCCUGAGGAAGAGCUUCUCGAGGGAGCGACCGAUCGGAUUGAAGAAGCACACAUUGGAGGUGCGAACGAUAGAAGAGGCGGACAAAUCCGGCACGGAUCCGGAGGACGAGGCCACUUUCGCGGACAUACCGAACGUGACGGACUACAGGGAUAUUUUUCAGCCGAGCAGGGCGUUGUCUCGCACACCACCUCCCGAAUCCCUCGAGGCUUUCCAGGAGCCUCACGACAUAGAUCCGGCGCAGCCGCAGAUACUGCAAAAUCUCUCUACCUCAAUGUCGAACCUGAGCACGAUGGAGCGCGAGCAGGUGCCACCUGUGCCGUCGCCCUCUUCGCCGCCCCCGCCGGCGCCCACGUUGCCCUUGACAAAGCCAGUACCAGUGCGCGUUCAGCCGAUCAAGUCCUCGCCGCCAGUCCAGAGGAACUCGAUCACGUCGACCAGCCAGAUCAGAGCGAAUCUGCAGGCGAACAACAGCUUGAACCAACGCGCGUCCAAGAACUUCGCGUCCAUACCGCCGUUAAGGCAGAGCAUCACGCCGCUGCCCGGCAAGAGAAUAAGCGCCAAUGAUCAAGCGGUGCUCACGUCGUCUCAACCCUUAGGGCCGCAAAGAUCGAACUCGACCCUGACGCCGCGUGUCGCACCGAUGGCCGCGGUGAUCCCCGUGAUGGACGACGGUAAGCUGAAGAGUAGAGUGCCUAGUCCGGAUUCACCGAAGCAUUAUUUGAGGAGGCAGCACAGCAGCAGGGACGGCGAGCAGGGUUACGAAAGCGACUAUCCUGUACAAAUUAAUAAUAUAAGGCACAGUCCUUCGGAUCCUGCACUCAACAGGCCAAACACCGCGCAGUCGAGAUCGACGUCGCUCAACCGGAACUUUGCUACCUCAACCUCGACUGCGCUGUCGGCGCGUAACGCCUCCACGACCACGAGGAAGUCGCUUAACAAGGCGCAGGUUCCGCCGAAUCCUAAAGUCGACGUACGCGUCUCGCAGAUAAGAAGUAACGUCGAAGACACGGAAAAGGAGGAACUGGUGCCGAUGAGCGCCGAUAAGCCUUACGGCUUGGAUGUAGAAAAUUUUUUACCGCACAGUUACACGGGUUCCACGGCGUUGGGUUACUCCACGAUGAGCGUGCUGACAGAAAUGUCGGAAGCUGAAGUGUUAAAUAGUAUGAUGCGGAGCCACGAAUCGAUGAUGGCAGUACUUAAGAGUCGGCAUCGCUCAUUGCAAAUCAUAUAUUCCCUUUGGCACAACAAAGAUCUCAAGGCAGCGGUGGACUCUGCGGUCGCGAUGAAUGACUUGGCGAUCAUCGUCGAUCUGCUGGGCAUCCUCACGCUAAAACAAUCGAUGUGGAACUUGGAUUUGUGUAAUUCCCUGCUCGGUCCUAUUAGCGAUCUCCUUCAAAGUAAAUAUGAAAUGUAUAUAACGGUAGCUUGUUCGGCAUUGAGACUUAUUCUUCGUAACUUCGCCCCAGUGAUAAAGUCCAACGUGGAAGCGCCCCUUCACACGAUUGGCGUCGAUGUGUCACGAGAGGAACGGUACCACAAGUGCCUCUCCUGCUACGAGAAGCUCACCGCGAUACGGGCGAUCCUGCUGAAGAAGCAAUCUGCGCCCGGCAAACUCGGCGCCACGUUCCGUGAGCUGGCGGUGCUCAUCAGGAGUCUCGAGUGACUGCAGCUACAUCGUCCGAGACCUUCGUGAAUUCCACCGCCAAUAUCGUCGUCGGUCGACGAUCGUCGGCUCCCUCCCGAUGUCCGUCGGGAACGAAAGGCGAGCCGCGCCGCGGCCGCCACGACGACGCGAAACGAUCCCGAUCGAGAAGCAGCGUAUGUAGAUCAC